AUGGAAACAAGGAUUUCUUCAAAUCCACAAGGAAAUGAGGCUUCUGGAAUUUUGCGAAAUCGUGGGAGCCCGGUGAGUUUUGAAUUUUUCUGACUGAAAACAAUUUGUAUUUUUUUAGCAACAAGUUUAUGGAACAAAUCAAGAAUCUUCGUCAAGUGGAGGAGGUGAACCACAAAUCGAAGAAGCUGAAUUGAAAUAUGGAGCAUCGCAUGUGAUACAUUUGUUUGUCCCUGUUUCAAUUUGUAUGGCGAUGGUUGUUUUUACUAUGAAUACGGUUCCUUUUUAUACAGUUAGCAAUGGAGCACAAUUGUGAGUUUUUUUUCAUGAUAAAGGAACUUGGGGGAAAUAGAUUUUUCAAGCUGAUGAAAAGCUAGCGUUAUAUUUUCUUGGAAAAAUGCUCAAACAUUUGAAUUUUUUGCUCUUUCAUGAGCUGGAACUGAUUUAAAACUCUGUAUUCUGAAAACUGUAACAGUGAAAUUUGGAACAAUAAACAACUAUUUUUUAAAAAUUGACCCAGAGUCAAUAACUAUUUUUUUGGAAUCCUGUUUUUCUGUGAUUCAAGAAUUUUCGAAAGUAGAGAUUUUUGUAUCAUUCAUGAAAUUUUCCGAGUUGAUAGAGUUAAAUUUUCUUGUGAAAAUGCUCAAACUUAAGCCGAACAUUUGAAUUUAUCGAAACUUGAUCUUUCAUGAGCUGGAAUAACUCUGUAUUCUGAAAACUGUGAUAGUAAAAUUUGGUAUCAUUAAAAAACUAUUUCAAAAAUUGAGCCAGAGUCAAUUUCUGUGAUUCAAGAAUUCUCGAAAAUAGUUUUUUGACAAACUAAAGAAAGUUAUUUUCUACAGAUCCCUAGUUUUUUAAUUUAGAGCAACUCCGGGGUAUUUAUCAGAUCUGAUUUUAAAAAAUUAUCGCUCAAUAACAACCCGUUAUUAUCUCAUUCCAGAUUAUACACCCCAUUUGUCAAAGAAACCGACAACAUCGGCGAAAAAGCUCUGAUGUCAAUAGGAAACGCUUUAGUCCUCCUCUGCUUCGUAGUUGUGAUGACAGUUCUUCUCAUUAUGUUCUACAAAUAUCGAUGUUAUAAAAUCAUCCAUGGUUGGCUCAUCAUCAGUAGUUUUCUACUUCUUUUCCUCUUCACAUCUGUAUAUGUUCAGUGAGUUUCCACUUAAUUUUGAGAACUCGAAACAUUUUAUAAUUUUUUCAGAGAAGUUAUGAAAAGUUUCAACGUAUCUGCAUCCACCCCAACUGUUUGGUUCUGCUUGAUAAAUUAUGGAAUUUUGGGAAUGAUGUGUAUCCAUUGGAAAGGUCCAUUAAUGCUUCAACAGGUUUGUCUUUAUUUCAUUUUCCGAUCAAAAAAAUCAAUAUUUGUUUACAGUUCUAUCUUAUCGCAAUGUCUGCAUUGAUGGCAUUAGUUUUUAUCAAAUGCCUUCCUGAAUGGACAGUUUGGACAGUUUUGUUUGUGAUUUCAGUUUGGGAUUUGAUUGCUGUCUUGACACCAAAAGGACCAUUGAGAUAUCUUGUUGAGACUGCUCAAGAGAGAAAUGAACCCAUUUUUCCUGCGUUGAUCUAUUCAUGUGAGUUUCCAUGCGCGCCCAAGAAUGCAAAAAAAUCAUUUUUUUCCAGCUGGAAUGCUUUAUCCAUACACUUUGGUAACAACAGUAAUGGCUGGGGUUGGUGAAACAAGUCCAAGUCCAAAUACAUCUGAAACAAAUCAAGGAAAUGAAACACCAUCGACGAGUGGAUUAUUGAAAUCGGGCAAAAAAGUGAAACGUAUCGCGCAAAAAGUUAAAAAUGAUAAUGAGAUGCAACAACAGAAUGGAGGAGAAGCUGGACCAUCGACAAGUAGACAGCAAAGACAACCAGCACAGAAUGAGCAACAACAUCAGCAGUAUCAUCGAUCGGAGCAACAGAUGCAACAGGAAGAACGUGAGUACAGGGGUAGAUUCUUCAUCAAAUUUGUUUCAGUUCAUGGAAUCUAGGUAAAAGUGAAACAUAUUUUCGAUCUAUCACAAAAUUUUUAGGCCUAGAGAUUUAGAGCUGGAAUAAGACUUUUUGUGCCAAAUCUGAAUUUUUUGAAAUUCCAAGCGCAAAAUUAAACCUCUUUGAAACUUUUCCUCGUAAGAAUAUUUAUUUUAAUGAAGUUUUAUGCAAAGCUCUAAACUUCAGAAUCGUGUUUUCAGUUGGCCAGAUUCUAGAGCCUUGAACCUCCAGCCUUUCUAUCAAACCUACGUCUGUAAAGUGUGAAAAAUCAAACACCUAAUCAAUUAUAAAAAACCAGUUUCUCGCAACAUUUCACAUUUAGUAACAAAUAAUGUUGUUAAUCUGUCACAUUUUUAGUGGAAAACACAAAACUAAACUGUUUUUGUAAUUCGAAAUUUUUUGUAAUUCGAAAAUUUACAGGUGGCGUUAAACUCGGUCUCGGCGAUUUCAUUUUUUAUUCGGUUUUGGUUGGCAAAGCUUCAUCAUAUUAUGACUGGAAUACCACAAUUGCUUGUUAUGUAGCGAUUUUGAUUGGCCUUUGUUUCACUUUGCUUUUGUUGGCUGUUUUCAAACGUGCACUUCCAGCUUUGCCGAUUUCGAUUUUCUUUGGUUUAAUAUUUUAUUUUUGCACCAGAUGGAUUAUCACACCUUUUGUCACUGAACUUACUUUACAAGGAAUUCUAGUAUGA